AGUUGUUCGACUGACUGUGGGCAACCUCAGACAGGUGGAGGAGACGUCUUGAAGCAGCUGAACUGCACCGUGGUUGGACCUGAUCGGGCAGGACUGGGCUGGGCUGCAGGGCGAGCAGCGGUGGACGCUGUGCACGCUCGGUGCGCGGAUCCUCCUGCAGCUGCUGGAUUCAGAGAAUGAGACCUGAUCCAAAACAUGGUUUGGCUGAUUAUUCCAUCCUGAGCCCUCGCUCAUAUGCUGGACACUCAAAUGUGGACACGGGGAGGACGAGAGAUGUAGUUGCAAUGGAUUAAUCAGGAGUACACUCAAACUUCGGCAUUUUGCUUUAGAUUAUUGGCUUAUAAUAUUUAUCACCGUGCCUUGGACAUGGAGAACCAAGCAGCUGAGCCGCAGAACUAUGAAGACGUACAGAAGAGCGGCUAUCUCCGCAAGCAUAAAUCAAUGCACCGGCGGUUCUUCGUGCUGAGGGCGGCCUCGGAGCAUGGUCCUGCUCGACUGGAGUACUAUGAAAACGAGAAGAAAUUCCGCAGUAAAUCACCUGUGCCCAAAAAAGUCCUGAGCCUGGAGACCUGCUUCAACAUCAACAAGCGGGCAGAUUCCAAAAACAAGCACAUGAUAGUCCUUUAUACCCGCAGCGAGAGCUUUGCCAUCGCUGCAGACAGCGAGGAGAUCCAAAAUGAGUGGUACCAAGCGAUGCUGGACCUUCAGUGCAACUGUAAAACUCCUGAAGACUAUGGCAGUAGUGGAGAGUGUAGCUCGCCAUCUCCUGUUCCAACCUUCAAGGAAGUUUGGCAGGUCAAGGUUUGGCCUAAAGGUCUUGGACAUGCCAGGAACUUAGUGGGCAUUUACCGGCUGUGCCUCACUGACAAAACAGUCAACUUUGUCAAAAUCAACUCUGAUGUGGCAUCUGUGGUGUUGCAGCUGAUGAAUGUCCGCAGGUGUGGCCAUUCAGAGAACUUUUUCUUCAUUGAGGUGGGUCGUUCAGCGAUCACCGGCCCAGGAGAGUUCUGGAUGCAGGUUGAUGACUCAGUCGUGGCUCAGAACAUGCACGAAACACUGCUGGAGGCCAUGAAGGCCCUGAGUGAGGAGUUCCGUCAGCGCAGUAAGUCUCAAUCUGUGGGGACAUCUUGUGGAGGUGGUACUGCUUCAAAUCCCAUCAGCGUCCCAAGCCGUCGCCAUCAUCCAAACCUGCCACCGAGCCAGGUGGGCUUCUCCAGACGAGCCCGCACAGAGACCCCGGGAGGAGGCAGCAGCACGAGUACCUCACCAACAUCACGCCACGGAUUCCCGAGGGCACGAACUGCCAGCAUUGGCGCCAGGUCAGAGGAGAGCGGAGCAAGUGCAAAGGGGACAUGGGCAAGCUCCAGCCCAAGUCUUAAUGGUUCCUGCUCCACUACACCAACACUGAGGCCCAAACCCACCAGGGCCCCAACCCCUGCUAAGAUAACCCUCAGCCUUGCACGUUACACGCCUAACCCUGCCCCCUCCCCUGCACCGAGUCUGUCCUCCAGCUCUGGGCAUGGCUCAGAGUGUGGCCUGGUGGGGGCAGCAGUGGGAGGCAUGACGAUCUGCUCCUACCCUCGUGUUUCUCAGAGAGUCUCUGUUUCAGGUUCCCCCAGUGACUACGGCUCCUCGGAUGAAUACGGUUCCAGUCCUGGGGAACACUCUCUGCUCGUCCCCAGCCUCUCCAGCCAUCAUGCGCACGGAGAAGGCUCCUCCAGCUACAUAGUGAUGGGACAGAGAGAGGGCCUCCUUGGUUCCCAUCAUCGCUCUAAAGGUCGUCGGAUUCUGAGGCGUGCAUCCAGCAGGGAAUCUGAGGCAGAGCGCAGACUGCUAAGUAAGAGGGCUUCACUUCCUUUGGCAGCCCAUGAACGACUGAUUCCACACAGGAAAGAUGAAGACGACGAAGAUGAUGAAGAAUAUGCCAUCAUGUCACAGAGUGCUAACCAAGGCAGGCAGCGUGACGUAGGAGAGAUUAGAAGAGCGAACAAAAGCAGGGGAGAAGUGGAACCAGGAGCUGCUGUGGACAGUGGCUAUAUGUCCAUGUUGCCUGGAGUGACGUCUCCUCCUGUUUCACUCUCUCUCACAAUAGGUAUGUCUGACCAGAGUGCUAAACCUGGGGCAGAUGAUGAGUACAUGGCUAUGACCCCCAACAACAGUGUGUCUCCCCCUCAGCACAUCUGCCAGCCCAGCACUGAGGGUUACAUGGUCAUGUCUCCUAACAGCAGCAGUUCCACAGACCUUCAUGGACUGGCCAUGUGGGAUGGAAGGGGCAGCUUGGAGAGCCGGGCAGCCAGCGACUACAUGAACAUCUCACCUGUCUGCAGCCGUUCUGCCUGCAGCACACCACCCUCACACCCUGAGCAGCACCAACUCCAACCAAAAAUGUUCAAUUCCUACUUCUCCCUGCCCCGAGCAUAUCAGCAUACUCUCUAUACUCGUUUUGAGGAGGACUUAAACAAAGGGGAAGGAAAAAAGGACAGCAGUGGGCAUGAAACUGCUGGAAGGGGAGGGGGAGUGGGAUACAGCAAGAGGAACAAAAUUGCAGUGGGCUCUGCAGGAGGCUGUCAACUCUCCAUGUCUUCCUCCUCUUUCUCCUCCAGCUCGGCCAGCAGUGAAAGCCUGGAAGACAAGUCUGUUUCAGCAGGGAGGGGGUUAAGUUUAUUAAGGACCGGAGGAGAGUUCAAGAGCGCGGGAACAUGCACAAAAGAUGGGCGUCACCAUCAAAAAUGGGGCUCAAGCAGUAAGAGCCCCAAGCAACAAAGGAGGGGUCGCCCCCUGAGCACGGCUUCGGACAUUGCUAAAGCAAACACUCUGCCUAGGGUGAAGGAGAAUCUGCAGCCAGUGUCUCAAAAUGUUGGUGAGUAUGUCAGUAUUGUGUUCAAGGAGGACAAGUACGAUGGAGGACGGCAUGGAGGAUCUAAACGCGGACAACCUGUGAUCCAUGGGACACUCCGGCCCAUCAAUCAACCACUCCUCUGCCAUGAUAAUCCUUCUCACCUUCCACGUAGCUUUUCCGCACCCUUGUCCACCUCUGCUGAGUACGUCAGCAUGGAUUUAGGGAAGCCCUCAGCGCCCCUGACUCCUGCUAGAUCCACAUUCAGCACCCAACAGGUCCCACCAGCUGUUGCCCCAAAGGCCCGACAUGAACAGAGCACGUCCUCUCCUCUGGCAGCGGAGGGCAAUGCCAGUUACAGAACAAAAGUAAAGACAGCAGCAUUGCCAACAGACACCUCUAUGGCAUUCACGGACAACAAAGGUUCAGAUCCCAGCAUUUCAGCAAGAUCCACCAUUCAGGAGACAGGCCUGGGCUUUUCCCCGGUCAAGUCUUUCAAGUCUCCUGAGCGGAGCAGCAGAAUGGUGCGAGGUGACCAGCAGGGACGGCAGAGCCACCACUCAGAGACUUUUAGCUCACCUCCCUCCCUUCCACGCCACCCACCCUCUUCUACCUCCCUCUUCCCGGAGGGCAGCCAGGCAGCGAGCCAUCGGCAUGGUUUGGAAUGCCCACCGUGGGAGAGCAGGCAAGCAGCUGGUUUAUCUGCCACACCUCCACCACAAGCAUCCACCUCAUCUGCUGAACAAGGCCUUAACUAUAUUGACCUUGACUUGGCCGUUAAGGAGAACCCUCAAGCUGGAGUGGAGCGAACCUCUGCCGCCUACAACAUUGGAGGAAGUGCGAUGGGCAGCAGUGCUGGCCCCAGCCUCAACACUUAUGCCAGUAUUGAUUUCUAUAAGUCAGAUGAACUGAGAGCACACCAGAGCAGCAGGAAAGAUGGUCAAGAUUGUUGAUCUCUCCACACUCACUCUGCGAGGGGACGGCCCGCUCUGUUGCCACAACACAACUGUACACUGAAGUCUGAACACUGAAAACCCUGGAAGACUCAUCCCCAUCCCGUCUGCUGUUUUCUGUCAACCAAAUUGCAACUCAUCUAAUUGGGGAUUACCCAGACUCUGUGGCCGUACCCCAUAAUCUGGAGCGGGAGCAGACGCAACAGUUGGUAGAAAAGCCCCUUGGAGAGUCUGAGAAGGGUUCAGGAUAUUACUGACUUCAAAUACGAGGAACGCUUUACAAAAAAAAAACUAUAGAUUUGAGUAAAUAUCAUUUGAUUUAUCGUGUAAUCCAGAGUACUUUGACAGCGUGAAGCUCUCUGCAGUGUUUCCAUUCUCAUGACAUACAGCAGCCGUACGAAAAAAUGCUUCUCAUCUGCCAAUCAUUACAAGUAUUUUGGUUCAAGGGAAUGCAGAGGCUUGUGUUGUCUCUCCAGAAUAUUUUGUAACAACAAGCGGAUUAAAUACAGAUUCUAACUGUGGGAAAUGAUACUGUAUGUACAAUCAGGAUAGCGAUUAUAAUUACAAUGGAAAGAGCAUUGUAUGUAUUUUAAAGCUAUUGAUACUACUUUGAUAAUGAUGUAAAUUGCAAAAUGACUGAACAGGAACUAUAGGUAUGUAAAGUAUACUGUGUAUAGAGGAGUUUGCUCCAGGGGAGGGAUGGGCAUGGGGUUCAUUCUGUUCAUGGCAAAAUUGUUUAAAACAGAAUAUUGAUGAUUCUUGUCUGUGAUGUAGACAACGUCAAUGUUUGUUUUUUUUGA